AUGGCUCGCAAGAUCGAUUCCAUCGUUAUUGUAAUAGGUCUCCCAAUUACAGACGAAUCUAAGAUUGAUCAGAUGAGUGGCUAUUUUCUUAAUUUAGUUAAGCCUCUCGAUCCAGAACUUACAAAAGAAAAAAUCGAAGUUCCAACACAAGAUGGCAAAACUAUCGGCGCACUUUUCAUUGUUUGCAAGGAUUCUGAUUCUGCCCGUAGAUUAGCUUUUAUUGGAGACUACAUGCAGUUUGAUAAGAAGAAUCGUCUAAGAAUGUUCAUCAACAAUGACUACAAAAAGUACAUUGAUUCAACAAACGCACCAGAACAAAUCGCAGUUGCUAAGCCACCGUCAACACCUGUUGAGUUUUCAUGGUAUUAUACUCAGCCAGAUAUGUUUGAUCAAAUUGUUUACUCAGCUGCUGGUUUCCCACAUGUCUGCUGGUUCAACCACAACACAGCUAAGUUACAACAAAUAGAACUUCCACAAUACAUUCAGAAAUCAAAUGAUGUCUUCUUUACAAACGAUGGCUCCUUCUUUGUCACAUAUUCCGGCAACAAGCUCAAUUUCUACGCUGGUGAACAAUGGACCCAUUUCACAACCCUUGAAUUCCCAGAUCUCAGAGAUUAUCUCAAUUCUCCAUGCGGCCGUUUCAUGCUCUGCAAGUCCCUCAUUCCUGUUGAGACCGACAACAAGAACUCUCCAAACGGCGCCUGCAUUUACGAUAUUCUUACGGGAAAGAAGCUUGUUCGCAUUCCAUUGAACAGAGCCGACUUCAACCAGAUCAUGUUCGGCGCUGGCUCCCAUCUCAUCGCCAUGAUUGAGAAGAAAGUCAUGUUAUACAAAGCCCGUGAAUUCAAGGAAGUCAUUGAGCUCUGUUCCGAUGCAGAUUCCUUCUCUGCCUCUCCAGCCACAAAACUUGUCUUCACAUUCCGUGGCCAGAGAGAAGCCGCUCCACCAAGAAACGCAUUCUACAACACAGAGAACGGCCAACCAGUUCACGUCGUUGCCGCCUUCAAUGCUACAUCAGCUACAGCCACAUGGCAUCCAAAGCUUGCUCUUUGCUGCGUAAUUCAAAACAGAAUUGUCAAAUCUUGCGAUCAGUCAUCCAUCAUCAUCUACGACCUUACAAACGAAGCAUCCAUUGGUUCCUUCACAGAAGAAAUCAAGGGUACCGUUAAUUCCUGCGCCUGGGACCCAAGUAACAAACAUAUCGCCUGCAUCAUUGCAACAUCCUCCGGAAGACAGUUAAUCAUCUACGACGUCGACAAGCAACUUACAAAGGUAUUCCAGCACCCAUGCGGCGGCGUCUCCAACAUUACUUUCUCUCCGGCCGGAAGAUUCUUCAUCUGCGACGAUAUCAAGGCACAGCAGCCAAUUGUCCAGUUCUGGGAUACAGAAGCCGGUGUCAUUGCAUCAAAGAACAACCUCGAAGGUGUCGGCAGAAUCGAGUGGGACUCAUCCGGUGCUUUCGUCAUCAUUUCAGCUACUCCUUCUCCAGGAGGUCCUUCGUGGUUCGCGAUCUACCUUCUCGAUGGAAACCAGGUCUGCAAGGAACGCGUAACAAAUGUCGGAAGAGUUCUCUGGAGACCAAGAGCUGGUGAGGCACUCCUAACAAAGGAGGAUUUGGACGCAAUUGAUAAGGAGGCAGAAGAAAUUGUCGAAAAGUCAACAAAGUUCGGAACAAUCGACUUGAAGGCAAAGGAAGACGAUGCAAAGGCCGCUAAAAUCCAGAACCUUCAGAACUGGAGAAGAUUGGCACCAAAGAGAACGUUCGGUGCUUCUAGCAAUAAGAACGACUAUACAACAAUCGAGUUCACUGAUUACAAGGAAUUUUAA